AUGGCAGAACGGCAAUCGCCGGUCAGUAAUUUUUAUAUUGCGUGUCGUAAUAAUGAUAUUGAUACAGUCAAAUCUCUCUUGGAAACCAUGACACCUGAUCAAAUCAACAAAUUAGAACCGAAUGGUAGUACUGCUUUGCAUGCAGCAUCAUAUUAUGGACACCAUGAAAUCGUUAAAUUAUUAUUAAAGCAAGGGGCAUCCAAAUCAAUAAAAAAUAAAUAUAAUCAUAUUCCAUAUGACGAAGGAAAAACGGAUGCUAUAAAAGCAUUAUUUUCACGUGAUGACAACAAAGAUAGAUUUGUAGGAGAUUCAAAUAAUCCGAUUGAAUGGAUACGUAUUGGUGAUAAGAUCGAUCAAGAAGCCAAAGCAAUACGAAAAAUGUUAAAAGAUUAUUCAAAUCAAAAUAAAAAUAAGAAUAAAAGAAAAUUGAUAAAUAUGAUUGAUUUGGGCAAUUACAAAGAUAUUGACAAGAUAAAACGGUAUUUCGAUCAAGCUAAUGAACUGAAUGAUCCUACAUAUAUAAUAACAGCUUAUACGGAAGAAACUGAAUUUUAUCAAAGAUUAAACAAAGAAUUAGCAAGAGUGCAUCAACUGAAUCCUACAGAUGAAAAUCAACAUCAAUUAUUAGAUUUUCUUCAUCUUAUUUGUUGCCAUCCAGAUCUUCGUAAAUAUGAUUUCCAAGGUGAAAUAUAUCGUGGCAUGAACAUGGAUGUUAAUGAUUUAAAACAGUAUGAGAUUGGUGUUAAGAUUAUGACGAAAACUUUACUAUCUACUUCAAAAGAUCGGCGUAUUGCUGAUAAAUUUGCUACAAAUACAGGAAUCAGUACUGAUGGUACUACAACAAAAAAAGCUUGCAUUUGUAAAUAUAAAAUUCGAAAAGCACAUACAGCAUUAGCAAUUCAAGAACUAUCAGUUUUUUCACAAGAACAAGAAGUUCUUAUAGUUCCCUAUUCAGCAUUUCAAGUAGUUCAUAUUCAAGAAGUUACAAGUGAUUAUGGAGUUAUAACUGAAAUUGAAUUACGCCAAUGUAAAUCACAUAUAGAAACCUACACUGCUAUUGCUGUAGGAGGAGGUUUAUUUGCAGCAGCUAUGGGUUCACUCUUCGGAUUGUUUCUUGACAAUGAAGACGAUCAAAGUUGA